UCCGAGGCCGAUCCAACUCCAAGGGUCGUGCCCAGGCCGGCUCUUUUUUUUUUUUGUGGGGCCGGCCAUUGAUAAUCGCUCUGGACGACCUUAUCUGCUCUUGGACCGCCAUCUCCUCGCCGCGAUAUCGUCUCGUCCUUGCGACUAUAUCCAUCGGUGCCGUCCUCUGCCGUCGUCCAGUCGUCCCGAGCAACGCCCUUCCGGUCCUCCUCAUUCCCUCCCGCGCCCGAUCGCUCGCUCGAUCGCUCAACCUCCAUCUCGUAACUGCCGCAUCCGGGACCUGAUCUGCCCAUCCCGAUACUCAACAGCCCAUCCGCCGCCUGUCCAUCUGUCUUUCGUCUCUCGUCCUUCGAUCCAACCACCAUGGCUCCUCUGUCCUCAGCCCCGCUGCCAUCACCGACUCAGCCAUCGACCCAGCCGCCCUCAACAUCGUCAUAUGCCUCGCAAUCUGAGCUCGAAGAUAUCGACUACGAGUCGCUGCCCACGUCAUCUGUCGCCGUGCAUAUGAUGGCGGGAGCCCUUGCCGGCAUCACCGAGCACUCGGUCAUGUUUCCCUUCGACUCCAUCAAGACUCGCAUGCAGAUCCUGAACUCAAAGGCCAUCUAUUCCAGCAUCUCACACGCCUUUGCGCAAAUCACCACCACCGAGGGUUUCUAUGGGCUGUGGAGAGGCGUCAAUUCCGUGAUCGUGGGGGCUGGUCCCGCACAUGCUCUCCAAUUUGCGACCUACGAACACUGCAAGACCCUCUUUGGCGCUAAUGCCGAUGAACAUACCCCUCUGCAGACUGCCGCAGCCGGCGUUGUCGCCACGUUGGCCAACGAAGCCUUUAUGAACCCGUUUGAUGUCAUCAAACAGCGGAUGCAGAUCGGAACACAUUACCGCGGAGUGCUGCACUGCGCCUCGGACGUCCUCAAGCGAGAGGGCAUCCAGGCUUUCUAUGUCUCCUACCCGACCACUCUCGUGAUGCAGAUCCCCUUCCAGUCCAUCCACUACGUUUCAUACGAGUUCUUCCGGAAAACCUUCAAUCCAUCUGGCGGCUACGAUCCCAAAACCCACAUCGCAGCCGGCGCCAUCGCUGGUGCCCUGGCAUCGACACUCACCAACCCCAUUGACGUCUGCAAGACCAUCCUGCAGACCCGCGGCAGCACCAGCGAUCCCGAGAUCCGUGGUGUUAACGGCCUCUGGGGCGCUGCCAAGCUCAUCUACAAACGCAAGGGCCUCCUUGGGUUUGUCCGUGGAGUCAAGCCCCGCAUUCUGGCACACGCCCCUGCGACAGCAAUCUGCUGGACAACUUAUGAAACAUUAAAACACUUCCUGUCGACCCCGAUGAUCAGCGAAAAGCUGACCGACACAGUCGUCCUCAAGUCUGUGCGGAUGGACCAGUGAUAGAGGGGGGCCUGCUCCCUACAUAUUUUUGUGGCUUUGUGCAUGUCCAUAUUCACUUUCACACCCACUCCCCCCCCCGCUUGCCUCCAAAGUUUUGUAUGGUAUGACUCGGCAUAAUGCUCUCCUCCCACCCCUUGUCUAGCAUGUUCAUUGCAACUUGAGCAUUGCACGUUGAGGCAUUGCACGUUGGCCAUUCCCGGCAACUUGAACUUCUCCCUCCAUUAUCCCACUGCCGCAAUGAACGUGAUCCAUCCCCGGGAGCAAUCUGGAAGCAACUGUCUCUUGGCUCAAUCGUGCUACCAACAAAUACACAGUGCAUUCUGAACGAA